GUGGCAGUGAAGACCAUUCAUGCGUUUGAAUCGGAGAACGAGGUCUCGAUGCGAAAGAAUGCAAAGAGAGUGCGUCGUGAACUGAAAGUUUGGGGCCGUCUCAAACAUGAUAAGAUUCUUCCGCUCUGGGGAGUGGCAAAUGACUUCGGGCCCUACCCUGCAAUGAUUUGCCCAUGGGCCGAUAAUGGAGCUCUCACGGGCUUUCUUGAACGCCAACAAGACAAGUUGUCGUCUCAAGAUAAGUUCUUGCUCCUGAAUGACAUCGCCCUUGGGUUGCAAUACCUCCACAGCAAAUCAGUUGUCCACGGUGACCUGACAGGAUCAAACAUCUUGAUCUAUGGCAACGGUCGGGCAUGCCUUGCUGAUUUUGGUCUCUCCACUAUCAUCCUGGAGUUCAUUGGUAACUCCUAUUUUACGAGCUCCAUCCGAGGGAAUAUCCGAUGGGUGGCUGCAGAGUUAUUUGACGCACCAGAGGGCUAUGAAAUCUCGCUUAGCACGGAGUGCGACAUAUACUCAUUUGGCAGUAUCAUCUUGCAGGUAUUGACCUGCAAGGUACCCUACUAUAGUGUGAAGAGGGAUAUUACGGUGUUGGGACAAGUCAUCAAGGGUAUAAAACCAGAGCCUCCCAAGGAAUCGAGGAUAUCGCCCGGGCACUGGGAGUUCAUACAGCGGUGUUGGUUGCCUCGCGCAAGUCGUCCACCGGUUGGAGAAAUCGUAACAUUUGUAGCAUGUGAACGACAAGUUUUGUCGUCCUGCGUAGCUGUCCUCUGAAUAUUCACCAUGACACAUACCAUGGUUUCGAAUUUCAAUUUCGAAGCCACAUCAUUUCCAAUUCCCCAUUAGGAAGGUACUGUAGU